AUGUCCCAAUCAAACGGUAUCGCUACCCUAUUAAAAGCAGAGAAGGAAGCCCACGAAAUAGUUGCCAAGGCCAGACAAUACAGACAGGAGAAGCUAAAACAAGCAAAGCUAGAUGCGUUGGAAGAGAUAAAUGCUUACAAGUUACAGAAAGAGAAGGAAUUGAAAGAUUUCGAGGCCGCAAACGCUGGGGGUGUUGAUGAUUUGGAGCGUACAGCAGAAAAACAAGUCCAGUCAGAACUCCAGGAAGAUAGAAAGGUAGCCAGGCAAAAGAAAGAUGCUGUUAUAAAUCUACUUAUUGAAGCUGUGACUACCCCACAAUUAGAAUUACACAUAAAUGCAAAUUAA